CCUUUACACUGAAUUUUGAAAUCGUUGAUAACAGUCCCCGGCAUACGGUGAAUGCCGGUUAAAUAUACAUUUUUAUAUGAGACAGCGUAUCGAACGCUUUGCUCAGUACCGCGGUCUGUGAAGGGUGUGGUUUCGGGAUUUUGCGUCCCGUUUAGUGUUGUAAGUGUUGUAAUAGUGCCGAAAUGGGUUUCAGAGGAGUUUUUGUUGCUGUCUUCUUGAUUGGAUGGGCCAAUGGGCAAGAGAUCGGAGUAUGCAUGCCUAGGACACAGGAGAGUGACUGCCAGAACAUCGAGCGAGGUGGCAGCCCUGCUGUGUGCCGGCGCGUCGAGACCAGGAUCGACUGCGCGUUGAACUUAGCUCGCCAACAGCGAGACAUUGGAGUGUUCUCUGAGGAGGAGAUGAUCCUCCUCUCCCACCAGAUGCCCAACGAAAACAGAGUCAUUGCGUCCAUCAGGAACGUCAAUAGGAAUGAGCCCUUCGCCUUCGAAGCUGUAGCGGUAGUCCCUGCCAGUCACACCGGGGGGCUGGAAGGGUUGCGUGGAGGAAGAUACUGCCACCCUGGCUUCGACCAGACAGAGCUGCGUUGGUCUCCGCGUGUUCUAAAGGCUUUUGAGCGAGCUGCGGCGCGAACAGACCGGUGCCCCGGAGUCAACACCGCCAGCCGGACAGCUGAGGAGAUGGAGGUGACCACCCUGUCAGAGUUCUUCGGCAGCGCCUGCCGCCCAGGGCGAUGGAGUAUGAACACCACUGUGGAUGCUGACCUUAAACGCCGUUUCCCAUCGCUGUGCUCGCUCUGCGGAGAGAACACCAACUGCACUCAGUACAACAUCGACAUGGGCAUCUCUGUGUCCGGAGUUAACAACAACAACAGACACAUCCAGGCGCUGCAGUGUCUCGUCAACAACAACAACGGCACUGUCGCGUACGUUGCUUGGCAACACGUGCGGGAGUACUUCAAUAUCCGCAGUCCCGAGCUGGCAACAUCAUACGCGCUUCUUUGUGAAGACAACUCCUUGAGGGUCCUCACUUCUGAGCUGCUGGCGUCUACCACUGCACCAUGCGCCUUCGUCAGACAACCCUGGGGUGCCAUCGUCGCUUCUGCUCCACAAGCAUCUGCCGUCCAGAGCAGCCUGCAGAGCUUCUGGCCCAACGGCGUGGACCCCGGCGGCUUCUCCUGGCAGUCCGCCCUGUUCGGCGCUCUGGUGGGCGGCACCAACGCGCUGGUCGUCUUCCUGGAGAACCCACCCACGCCCCUGGAGUAUACCCAAGGAAUUCGUAACUUCACAAGAGUGGAAGCCUCCUCCUCCUGCACCCCAGUCCACCGCUGGUGCACCAGGUCCGCCCAGGAACAGGCCAAGUGCACGUGGGUGAGGAACUCCGCCUUCACCCUGGGGCUGGAGCCGAUCAUCUCGUGCCAACAACGGACCAACACCUUCGAAUGCUUGGAUGACAUACGGAAUAACAACGCUGACUUCAUUGCUUCGCGUUCUAAUUAUGGAUACUUGUCUAGACAACACUACCGCCUGACAGCAGUGAAGCUGGUGCAGAACUCUCGCAGCAACCCUGAGUCCUUCUCCCGCGUCGCCGCCCUCGUCAAAGAGACCUCCGCGCAGAGCGACAUAACACGCUUUGAGAACCUUCGGGGGAAGAGAGCUUGCUUCCCCGAGUUUGGAGGCAUAGCGUACAUGGCAUUCGUGCGCGCGGCGCAAGACAACGGCGUGAUCAGCAAAUCGCAGUGCGACUACGCGCAAGCAGUGGGCGAGCUGUUCGACAGCGCGUGCGCGCCCGGCGCCCUGGCCAACUCGCACGCGCUCGGCGACUCUUCGUGGAACGCAACGAGCUUGUGCACUGUCUGCAGACCGUCGGUUAGCGUGGUGGGCGAAAACUUCACGUGCGCGUACAACCACACGAACCUGUUCUACGGCAACAACGGCACGGUGCAGUGUCUCGCUGACCCGGAGAACCAUGUCGCCUUUGUCGAGAUGCGGAAUAUGAGACAGUUUCUGCAAGCAGCCAACCUCCCCGAGACGGCGGUGCGGGGGCUGUGUAGGAACAACACGCUAGCUCUCACCACCGGCAUCGUCAACGACACCAACUGCCUGCUGGCGUCGGUCGUGGACUCCGAGGUGCUGGCGCGAAGGAACGACCCAAUAACGAACAGUCUAAACGCACUGCUAGACACGCUGGACUUCUACUUCGGUUACAACUCCGCUGCCCAGCUCGUCAACCUGAAGAUCUACUCCGCAUUCGACGGCAUCAACGACCUGCUAUUCCUCAACACUGCCAACGGUCUCUCAGAACCUUCCAGCUUCGACGAGAACGAGGAAGCGAAUAACUACAACGAACUCUUCAGACAUUUGGAUGCUUGCACCGGUUUUGCGCCUGGCUUAGCCAGCUCUAAGGUCUCCAUUCUCGCUCUGAUUGUGAUGGGUUUCAUUACACGCUAUGUGUUUUAGUGAAUUUGGUGUAAUGUAAUAUGUUUGUGUGUGAUAGUUUUUAAUUUAACUUUUAUUUUGUAUAGGCAUCGAUAUAAAUCGUUAGAUGGGCCAUUACCCAAAGACGUGCACGCACAUCUUAUCUUAGUACGUAACAAGCGCAUGCUGUGAGUGGACGUGGACUUGAAAAGCUAUUUACUGUUUUUUUUUUUUAUUUUAAUCCCUUAAUUAUGCCUUCGUGUUUUGGAAGUGUAAAAACACGAGCCACAACAUGAAUAAUGAGAAAUGUGUUACGAGUGAUGACGUAAUCAAUGUGCGAAACCUGAGGCUCAUCUAACGAUCAACGAUCGAUGUGAAUAGGUAUAUAUUUUUUUGAAGAGAUAACUUUUUAAGGUUGCAGGUUUAAUCGCUUCUAUUGAGCGUCCCGAAACGCACAAGUUUUUUUUAUUAAGCAAGAAUACAAUAUAGAACUCAAGCUAACUUAUCUAAGAAGGUAAGGGUAGAAGGGAUAAUACUUUACGGGAUCUAAACCCCUAAACAUCAAACGGCCAUGUUGAAAAGGAGAU